GGUAAUUCUAUUUUUCACAACAAUUCCACCACCAGUAGUCGCGUGGUCUACUUUCUCCCUAUUUGGUCUGAUGUAACUGCACUGUUGUUUUCAUGAACUGAAUCCAUCAUUAUCGAAUUAUCCUUGUUUCUGUUUUUGCAACGAGAACACGUUUUAUGCUCUUUAAAAUCAAAAUUUUGUGGCAACAGAACCCAUUUAAGGUUGAACCUUUUAUUUUCACGCUGCUCCAGGCUUAAAAAUGUCGCUGAACACCGAAGAUUGUUCCGAUGCGAUGAAGAGUUCUCGCCGAGACUAUGAACCUCUGCUAAACACUACCACAGAGCCAAGCACUUAUCUCCUCAGCAACGAUCUACGGAUCCAGCAUAGAAAGAACACACCUUGGUUGUCACUGAGCAGUAUAGCGACUCUCUUGUAUGCAUUUGUGGUCGUCAUCGGUCAAGUUACGCAAUAUGUCACUCUACCGAUGUGGAUCGACAGUACCAAGAAUGUGACUUCAUCCCAGAACCAAACUGUUGAGUGGACACCAACAAUAGACAGCUUCUUCGUUUUAUCUUUUGCUUCAUCUGUUUUUGUGACUGUGUUUGGUUCUACCUUAGUUAUUAAUAUCUUUGUUUUUAAGCAAUACUCAAUCCACAAGACAGAUUGGAAUCAUCGCCGUGUAUUUUUAACGGUUGGUUUCUUUCAAGGACUUGCUGCAGUAUUUAUUGUGUUUUCUAGUAGUGGAGAGAGAACUCCGCCUUAUCUACAAGCUAUCCUUGGAAACUUCUCAAUUCCUAUAACACUGUUAUUGAGGUAAAUAUUUCUCAAUCUGUUUUGACUACACUCAAGUUGUUAUUCAGGGGUACCUGCAGCCAGCAGUUUUUGUCAAGAGAGGAGGGGGAAAGUGGAACUCCUGAAACCUGAAUUCCAAAUGUUUUAGAUGCCACUAUGAUAUUGGUAUUUACCAAUGAGAUUAUUUCUUCUUAAGAGAUCAAGAAUUUCUCCUGUGGUGAAGUCAGUAGGUCAGAGCAAAGAUCAGCCUGUAUCAGGAGAAACCACAGACAGUACAUUGCUCCAUCGAUAUAUUUUCUCAACAUAAAGCUUGGUGUGUUAAUAGAACAAGCCAGACUAUGUUGAUGGGGUUCAUUCCAAAAGUGAUUUAAGCUCUUUAACUAUCAAGAAGGUGGUAAAGGGUUUUAACAUGAUGGAUAAGUAAGUCCAAAAUUAAUUAGUGUCCUAAGAAUUUUACAGAAAGGCAAGAAAAGGUGAGAUUUGUGAGGUGUUCCUUUUUGCCUCUGUCUAAUGAUAGCAGUUGAUGGUAGGCACAUACAAAAAGCAGAUAAGAAAAAGGAGAAUAACUAAUCAUAUUCAGGGCAAAAACAUUGUUAAUUUCUCCUGUGGUGAAGUCAGUAGGUCAGAGCAAAGAUCAGCCUGUAUCAGGAGAAACCACAGACAGUACAUUGCUCCAUCGAUAUAUUUUCUCAACAUAAAGCUUGGUGUGUUAAUAGAACAAGCCAGACUAUGUUGAUGGGGUUCAUUCCAAAAGUGAUUUAAGCUCUUUAACUAUCAAGAAGGUGGUAAAGGGUUUUAACAUGAUGGAUAAGUAGGUCCAAAAUUAAUUAGUGUCCUAAGAAUUUUACAGAAAGGCAAGAAAAGGUGAGAUUUGUGAGGUGUUCCUUUUUGCCUCUGUCUAAUGAUAGCAGUUGAUGGUAGGCACAUACAAAAAGCAGGAAAGAAAAAGGAGAAUAACUAAUCAUAUUCAGGGCAAAAACAUUGUUAUGUUUCAUAUUACACUAGAGGAAAACAAGGGAUGACUGGCCACAGGUUUUCUUACCUAGUUUAAAUGUUGUUCCUUGGCCUGUGUGACCUCAUUCUUAUUUUUUCCUUCUCACAACAGAUACCUCUUUUUAAAGAAGGUUCCUACAAGGAGAAAGUUAUUAUCUGCCGUUGCAGUUGUCCUUGGACUUUUUAUCUCUCUUAUUCCAACUUUCUACCCACAUAUUGAUCCUCGAGCUGUAAGACAUCUUGGAGGAGCUACUGGUGCAGGAAGAGUCUUAUGGCCUUUAGCAUUUAUGCUUGGAUUUGUAAGUCAAGAUUAGUAUUUAAAUGCUAAUAUGAGGGGUGACAUUUGUAAAACCACUCCUUGCAAAUGUAUCGCAAAAAUGACGGCAGAAGCAGGGUUGUGUUUCAUAUAAUGUUCUUCACACCUAGUAUAGAUGUUAAAUUUUUUUUCUUAUCCCUUAAACUCCCAUGAGUGACCAUGACAGAAUUUCUCCUUACAAUAUCAAUACAAUAUCAAGUAGACAAGUGAUGAGAAUAAAGAAAAAUAUCAAUUAGGGGAUUAUAAGUUGAUCAAAUCCCAAAUUCUCCCAACUAAUAUCACAAGAAUUGUAUGGCAGACAGCAAGGAGAAUUACUAAUGGAUCUUGGGAGUUAAAGGGUUAACUGAAAGAGGUUAAUAGUCUUCUCUUUGAGACACCUCUCCUAACUUUGAGUGGCCUACAGCAUGAUUCUUGCAUGAAUGCUUGCACAUGGUGUUUGUUGAAAAGGAGCUUAUUGAAUAGAAAGAAAAGAGAAUUCACACCAAUUUCACCCCCUGAAUUGUUGCCCCUGAGGUAUAACAAAUACUAUUUACAGAAAUUUCAAUAAAGUUUGUUGAAAACAGGGACCUUGCAAUUACGUUUCUCAGAUUUCCCUGAAAUCCUGUGGUCAAGGAGCCAUGACCUGAAAACCUCCCACAAAAUGAAUACCUUUUGGGGUUGUCAUCUGCACUUUUACUCUUCUUUUGACAACCUCUCUCAAAACAGCUGUAAUUAACACUAACUGAAAAUUUGUUCUUGUUUUUUUUUUAUUUUGUUUCUCUUUGUAAGGGGAUCUCAGCCCUUUCCUUUGUUAUGGAGGAAAAAGCUAUUAAGUUGCGAGGAAGCAAUCAAACUCAAGCUGGCUUAGUAUCUUUCCUGUUUUGGACAUCACUGGCACAAUUUCUUGUUUUGUUGCCUCUACUCUGGGUGGAUAUCAUUCCUGGAGUCGGACAGACCAGGAACCUUCAUGAAUUUAUUCAAAAGUGAGUAUGGGAAAUUAUAAUUAUUAAUUGGGAAUUACCAAGCAAUGCACAAAACUUUUGAAAAUAAAUUGCAAAUUUAAAAAAGGGGCAAUUUUUUAUUUGCUGUUUAGAAUUUAGUUUUGAUUUUUAACUUAAUCUGCCAUCUAAUAUCUUCUUACAGUAUCACCUCUGAAUCAAACAAAUUAUGUUAUGAGAAUAAAGGAAUGACCGCUAACUACAGAAGCCCUGGAUUGUUUGUCAAAUUCCCCUUGUUAACCCUUUACUCCCUAUCAUCAUUAUGCAUUUUCUCUAUACUGUUCUGUAUACAUUUCCAAAGGUGCUAACAAGGAGAAUUUGUGUAACAAUCAAGAGCUUCUUAAGUUGGUGAUCAUUUUCUUCAUUCUCAUGACCUUAAUGUGUGAUUCAGGGGUGAUAUUGUAAGAAGAAAAAUGAUGCUAGUCACUCUUGGGGGUUAACAGGUUAAUAGGAGAUGUGCAGAGAAAAGUGUGGAGAAUAUACAUGCUGAUUUUAGGGUGUAAAGGGUUGACACACUCAUAGAAGUGUAAGCAUUUAUUUGAUAGUGUUUUUAGCAGUUGUAUAAUGGUCAUUAGACCUUCAGAGGAAUCACAUAUGUACCCAGACAAUUUUUGCCCAAUGUGAACUUGCCUUUGAAAAAGUGGCCAUGUCAGCUCUUCUACUCCCUCAGUCACAUGAUCUUCUCUUAGACCAGUGUCAGAAAAUAUGUUCACAACCAGGUAUCUAAUAUUUUCCUGUGUAUUUUAUUCAGUUGGAUUUUUGGGAUCCAGUGCAUAUUUGGUGGAGUAGGAUGUUCAUGGUCUCCUGGUGUCCUGGCAUUCUUGUUCAUCACUGGUUAUAUUAUGGUUGUCUGUGGUUGUGCAUUGCUUCUUCGAUAUUCAGAGGGAGCAACAUUACUUGCAAUUGUCAUGGUGAGUUUCUCAACCCCAUUAAAGCCCGCAAGUGACCAGCAUGUAAUAUCUCCUUACAGAAAUACUGCUGAAUCAUUCAUAAAGAUCACAAGAACUCUUUGUGAUAUGGAGUACAUUUUUUACAUGUAUACUUCUCAUGUAUCUUUGACAGGCAUAGUUGAUGUACACUUUUCAUGUGAAUUAGAGAAAAAAAUCCUUGAUAUUGUAAUAACACCAUUCAAAACAGACAUUUUUGUUCCUGUUUUUUUCUGUAUCCCUAAACUUUGACCAAGGUUUGGUGCCUUGCACCAAAUAUGGACUGUUAGACUUCACUCAACUCACCUCCAUUAGUUACUUUUUAUAUUCUCUCCUUUCAAUCUUUAGGCUCUUUGUACACCCCUAGGAUUCAUUUUCUGGAUGUUGUUUCAAGAAAAACCCUUCCGGUGGCAUCCCUACUUUCACACUAGUUCCUGGUUCAAUAUUUCUGCUUUAAUCAUCAUGAUCCCAGCAGUGUUCAUUUACAACACAGGGUAAGUUAACUGUGAUGGCAAUCGAACCAAUUACAAUUAAAGUUGCUGGCACAUUCAUACAAAUUUCAAAUUUAAAAAAAAAAACUUUAAUUACAGGGAGUGAUAAACUUAAAAAAUUACAGUAAUUGAGUCUAUGUUAAUAUUGAUGAUCUUGCUAUUUUCUAACUUUUUUAUACAAAUCCUACCCCAUUGGGUACAUUUUUAGAACAGUUUGAUCACAAACUGUGCAUGUUUUCAGCUAUGAUUUAAAGGUGGCAGCCCAUGAAAUCAUUCCCUUUACAAUAGAACUAAAAAGCUGAGCCAUGGAAAUGCAAUAGCAGAAAAGAACAUUCUUUGCAACUGUUAUUUCAUACUGCAUUAUGAAAUACUUGCUAUUUUUAAAUACUAGUAAUUCAGAUCAGCUUAUUCUUUAUUUCUAUUGGUUGAAAACCUAGAAUGCCAGAGAUGGAAAGAGAGGAACUGCUUCAGAUGAAGACGAUCAAAUCAAAGGUCACUGAAAGAUGAACUUUAAUAUUGAUCAUACUGAAAGUUGAUAUGAUUUUUUUAUAUAAUCAUUUGAUAAUUAUCUUUGCUGGUGAAUUUCUUUGUUGUAUGCCUGCUUGUUUCCAUGGUAUUGAAUUCAGUUUUCUGUGAAAAUAAUCUUUGAUUUUUAACUUUUGUAAGGCUCCUUUCAAAAAUUGUAUGGAAACAAAAAAAUUCCACAAUAGGCAGAACUUUGGAGUGUUCCAUGAUCUAGGGCAAAAAUUAAUAUAUUAAUUAAAAAUUAAUAUAUACCAGGCAAUGGAAGCAAAAUUUCCUUGUGCAAGCUUAAAUUUAGUUAAGCUUUACAGAUUAAAAUACAUUUAUGUAAUUAGUCAUCUCCUUUGUAGCCAUUGUUUGGUCUCAUCAUGCACACUCCCCCAUCACUCAUUACUAUGUCAUGAGUUGCAGGAUGUUUUUCUAUUAUUUUUUGGUACAUCGUAAUACAUGGUGAAAGACAAAUUAAAAUCUAUUUAAUUGUUUUUGUAAAUACACUCACCAAGAUUACAAAACAUGAUAUAAAACUUCAAUCAUGGUAGUUACUUUGUGGAAUUCAAUGCUACAAUGAAUUGAUUACAUUUAUCAGCAACCUAAUA